CUGAGGCAGGCAUUCGGAAGCAGUACUGGAUCUGGGGGACUUCUAUGCAACCAGCACAAGGGCGCAGGUGCAUCUAACAGCUUAAGCGUACAUUGCAAGACUCAAAUCUCACAUUUUAACUGGAUAUACAACGGCUUAAACUUCAACCAUGGAACAUUAACUAUACAGUUGCUUGUUCUGCAACGGAAUUUUGCGAUUCUCUCUCUCUCGCUCUCUCUCUCGCUUUCGCUGUACUUCGAAAGUAUAGAAUGCACCCUGCUUUCUGAUUAUCUUUGUAUCCCAGCAAUGAUCCCCGAGCAGCAGAAUCAUGUUGUUGCUACUAUUGAAAACAUACCUGCUGAAAGCAUUGCAGCGUCACCCACGGUGCUCCAGAGGAUAAGGAAAGUCUUUAACAGGGAGCUGUUGCUGUCUCUGGCUCUGGGCCAGGUUCUGUCACUGCUGAUUUGUGGCAUCAGCCUGACGAGCAAGUACUUGGCAGAUGAUUUCAAAGCCAACACUCCUGUCUUUCAAAGUUUUCUUAACUACAUCCUUCUGUUCCUGGUCUACACUACCACGUUAGCUGUUAGACAAGGAGAAGAGAACUUAUUGGUAAUAUUGAAAAGAAGAUGGUGGAAGUACAUGAUACUAAGCUUGGUAGAUAUAGAAGCCAAUUACCUGGUAAUCAAAGCUUAUCAGUACACCACACUGACAAGUGUGCAGCUGCUAGACUGCUUUGUUAUGCCUGUGGUGCUGUUACUGUCCUGGUUCUUCUUGCUGGUGAGGUACAAGGCAGUUCACUUCAUUGGAAUCGGAGUAUGCCUGCUGGGGAUUGGCUGCAUGGUGGGAGCUGACGUGCUGGCUGGAAGGCAGCAGGGGCUGGGAGAACACAAGCUCCUGGGAGACCUGUUGGUGUUGGCUGGAGCCACACUGUAUGGCAUCUCCAAUGUGUGUGAGGAGUUCAUUGUGAAGAACCUCAGUCGGGUGGAGUUUCUAGGAAUGAUUGGACUCUUUGGGUCUUUCUUCAGUGGCAUACAGCUAGCUAUAAUGGAACAUAAGGAACUGUUAAGGGUACCAUGGGAUUGGCAAAUAGGGUUACUGUAUAUUGGAUUCAGUGCUUGCAUGUUUGGCCUGUAUAGUUUCAUGCCAGUGGUCAUUAAAAGAACCAGUGCCACAGCUGUCAACCUAUCCCUUUUAACAGCAGACCUGUACAGUCUCUUCUGUGGAUUGUUCCUUUUCCAUUUCAAGUUUUCAGGUCUGUACCUGCUGUCCUUUUUUGCCAUCAUCAUGGGGUUGAUAUUGUACGCCUCCUCUUCAACCUAUGUUGCCCAGGACCCUCGGGUCUACAAGCAGUUCCGCAACUCCUCAGGACCUGCGACAGACACCCCAGUCACAGGGCCGCUGGAGCCAUCUGUCACCUACACCAGUCUGGGGCAGGAGACUGAAGAGGAGCCCCGCAUUCGAGUGGCCUGAGCUGGAAGUGGGGCAGGGGUGGGACAAGGGGACACUGCCAUUACACUGUGUAACACAAUUUUUGUUCCUGGGUAGUAAGUGUUAUUUCCUAAUUGCUUA